CCACCCGGCAGAGCCGCUCCGGUGGGCAGGAAAAACCGUUUCGGAGGGCAGCUUGUCCGAGAUCGGUGUAAAUGAGGAGCUCGCCCGAAGCGAAGUCCGCUUCAUUGUCUCAUCCCGCCUCUCCAGGGGUUAACCCAGAUCGGGUGCGGGAGCCCUGCGUCUUGCAGGCUGCCGGAGUACAGUAUCCGCGCAGCACUCGGGGGCAGAUCCUUGAAUGCCCGCCCCCCCCCUUCUUAUUGUCCUCCUAAAAAAGCGAUCAGAGAAAUAUGCAAGUAAGGUUAUAGCCUGGCACAUCGCGGCGAUCCGAUGCUGCAUGAAGCGACACGUAAAGGAGUCAAAGUUAAGUGCGGUGCUACUGAUGGAUGUACAGUGUGUAUAUAUUUUAAAAAACAGCAUCAGCCAUUUACGAUGGAGAGGAUAAGUGAGGAGGCUCUGAGGCUGAACAUGUUGAAGCGAGGUCUGGAGGUGCCCGAGGAGCGAGAGGAGGUGCUGGCCAAGCGACUGAAGAUGGAGGGUCAUGAGGCCAUGGAGCGCCUGAAGAUGCUCGCCCUACUGAAACGCAAGGACCUGGCCGGCCUUGAGGGGGGGCCGGGGCACCUGGGCGAGCCUAAGGGGUCCACAGGCAGCGCCAUCCAGGGGUCCACUGGAACCAUUGGGUAUGAGGAGCGGCUCAACGGAAGUUUGCGUGGUGGAGUCGGCGGCCACGGCGGUCAUGGGGGCCAUGGGGGGCAUGGAGGCCUGGGGAAGAACGGGAAGGAGAACAUGGCGGAUGAGCCUGUGGACAUGAGCACCAGGAGAGGCAAUGUGGACAGGGAGCGCCGCACGCCGUCCCCGGAUGUGAUCAUCCUGUCGGAUAACGAGGCUUCCAGCCCACGGGCGACACCCAGCGCAGAGGACAGGAUCAGGGCGGCCAACCUGGAGAUGUUCAAGGGUAAGAGCGGCGAGGAGCGGCAGCAAAUGAUCAAGGCACUGAGGGAGGAGCUCCGCCUGGAAGAGGCGCGCCUGGUUCUGCUGAAGAAGCUCCGGCAGAGCCAGCUCCAGAAGGAGAACGUGGUGCAGAAGGUACCGGUGGUCCAGAACGCCAGCUCCUCUGUGCAGUCGUCCGCUGUGCACGGCUCCCAGGGCCUGGCCAAGCUCCCGGUGCGGUCCGGGCUGCACACGGCCGAACCCCAGAACCUCCGCACCGCGCAGGGUCACACGGUGAUCAGGUCUGCUGCCAAUGCCUCUCUGCCCCAGAUGAUGAUGUCACAGCGAGUCAUCGCCCCCAACCCCGCCCAGCUGCAGGGUCAGAGGGUGCCCUCAAAGCCCUCUGUGGUGCGACCCACAUCAGGGGGCAUCAGCAGUGCCAUUGGCUACCAGCAGGCCACCAGCCAGCAGGUGGCAGCCUCCCAGCGCUCCAGCUCGUCAGGCAUCUACAUGAACCUGGCUCACAUGCAGGCAGCCGGAGCAGGCGCUGUGGCAGGUGUGGGCAGCGUGGGAGCUGUCAGCCCGUCCACCCUGCCCAGCCCCGGCGUGGGCGCCCUCGGCGACCCCGGCAGCAGCCAGGCAGCCGCUAAGCUGGCCCUCCGCAAGCAGCUGGAGAAGACCCUGCUGGAGAUCCCGCCCCCCAAGCCGCCGGCCCCGCUGCUGCACUUCCUGCCGUCUGCCGCCAACAGCGAGUUCAUCUACAUGGUGGGCCUGGAGGAGGUGGUGCAGAGCGUCAUCGACAGCCAGGGUGGUAAGCUGCGCGGCUCCCUGUCCCCCACGGAGCCCUUCUUCUGCGCCCAAUGCCGGACCGACUUUACCCCCCACUGGAAGCAGGAGAAGAGUGGCCGCAUCCUGUGUGAGCAGUGCAUGACGUCCAAUCAGAAGAAGGCGCUGAAGGCGGAGCACACCAACCGACUGAAGAAUGCCUUCGUCAAGGCGCUGCAGCAGGAGCAGGAGAUCGAGCAGCGGCUCCAGCAGCAGGCCUGCCUAUCCCCCAGCUCUGGACAGACCGUACCCAGCAUCAGCAAGGCGGAGUCCAUGAUCCGGCACCAUGCGCUCCGGCAGGCCCCGCAGCCCCAGGCCUCCCUCCAGAGGGGGCUCUCCAGCUCUGCACGCGGUGUGCUCUCCAACUUUGCUCAGGCCUCCCAGCUCUCUGUGGCCAGCGACCUCCUGGGUAUGGCGGGCAAGCAGUGCGGGGGCGGCGGCGGGGGGCGGGCGUCCCAUGAGAGCCGCCGUCAUCUCUACAACAUCCCUGGGCUGAACAUCGCCUACCUGAACCCAGGGGGGGUUGUGGGCCACAAGGCGUCCAGCCUGGCUGACCGACAGAGGGAGUACCUGCUGGACAUGAUCCCCCCGCGCUCCAUAUCGCAGUCCAUCACCGGACAGAAAUGAGCCGCUCCCUACACCCUUGGCCCCGCCCCUCCUGGC